GCACCACGUGAACUACCGGCUUACUCUACCGCCGAUAAACAACAAUAUUAAUAAUAAUAACAAACACACGGAAUACGUGAUCGGACCACAAGCCCGCAUUAGUGAUAAUAUCCAUGAACGGAAAAUUCCGAGCUUAAUUUCAAAAUUUUUAUUUGCAUAUUAAAUCCUUAUUGUUGCUUUAAGGAUUAGGUACGAAUGUCUGACUCUUAGAGCAGACAGAUGAAACGACGUUGAAUCAGGUUUUACCUAUUUGAUUGUAAUUUCCGAGGUGAUUUCCUAGUCCGUGAUCGGAUUUUCUUUGUGAUCUUUCUUUUUUCGCCGUUUUUCUUCCACUAUAGUGGCUGUGCUAUUUUCUCGUGAUGGUGUUGUUUUGACCGGCAUCGAAAAGUGCAAGGUUGAAUAUCAAAAACACCACCUCUAUCGUUGACGUCUCACCGGAGAUGACAUCUUGAGAGGCCGCGUACCGGUGGCGUUUGGGUAUAGUGGAGAAGAUUUCUCAUACGGGAACUCGCGAAAUGGACGAAAAAAACGAAUCUGGCGGGGACAUCAAGAACUAUGGUUGGAAUAUUGGGAAGAUGGAAAAGAUGGACAGGCUGGAGGUGUCGAAAGAGGAACAGAAGAAGCUUAGUCUGGGAUAUCAGAACACCUUGAUGUAUGGCCGAUAUAGCCGGCAACUGGGAGAAUUCGCCAAAUUGGAGGGAUUGAAGCAGGCUGAAAAAAGGAGACUGAAGGAGGAGAGGGCGAGGAAACGAGAACUCAGGGGAUAUCAAGGAAAAUUAGCCAAGGCCGUAGCAUUCAUUUGGAAAAACACCUUCGCUAGGUUGGGCGAAGAUUGGGUUUUCUUGGCUCUCCUUGGAGUCAUCAUGGCCCUGAUAAGUUUUAUAAUGGACAGAAGCGUUCAAAUGUGCAAUAAAGCACAAAUAUGGCUCUUUGGAGAUCUGACAAACCAUCCUCCUGCGCAGUAUGCGGCAUGGGUUUCUCUUCCUUUAUGUCUGAUAUUGUUCAGUGCUGGAUUCGUUCAUUUAGUGGCUCCUCAGUCGAUAGGUUCUGGUAUACCAGAAAUGAAAACCAUACUCAGAGGUGUAGCUCUGAAGGAGUACCUGACAUUCCGCACUCUCAUCGCAAAAGUGAUAGGCUUGACCGCAACCCUAGGCAGUGGAAUGCCUCUAGGCAAGGAAGGUCCGUUCGUUCACAUCGCUAGCAUAGUAGCAACUUUGCUCAGUAAACUGGUCACUGGAUUUCAGGGUAUCUACGAGAAUGAGAGUAGGACAACGGAGAUGCUGGCGGCUGCUUGUGCAGUCGGUGUUGCCAGCUGUUUCGCUGCCCCUGUUGGAGGUGUGCUCUUCAGUAUUGAAGUAACGACUGUUUACUUCGCCGUGAGAAAUUAUUGGAGGGGAUUCUUUACAGCUGUGUGUGGAGCCACAGUGUUCAGACUGUUAGCUGUAUGGUUCCAAGGCGCCGAUACAGUGACAGCCGUAUUUAAGACAAAUUUCUAUAUGGAUUUUCCGUUCGAUCCACAGGAACUAUUUGUGUUCGCCUUAAUUGGUGCUGUCUCUGGCCUUGGAGGGGCUUUCUACGUAUGGGUUCAUCGUCAGUAUGUGAUGUUCAUGCGCAACAGCCAAAUGAUCAACAACUUCCUGAAAAAAAACCGCUUUCUUUAUCCCGCCAUCGUUGCGCUUUUGGUGUCUACAAUAUCUUUUCCAUUGGGAUCAGGUCAGUUUUUGGCCGGGGAUCUGACGACUCACGACCAAGUGGCAAACCUGUUCAGUAAUUUCUCUUGGACAAAUGAGAAUUUGACCGUGCAGGAACAGGACAUCGUCAAGAAAUGGAAGACCGAUAACACCGGCGUGUUUUUCCACCUGUCUUGCUACAUAACCUAUACUUUUCUUGCCUCCAUAAUUUGCUCGACGAUUCCUGUGCCGAGUGGAAGCUUUAUUCCAGUUUUCAAAAUAGGAGCUGCUUUUGGGAGAAUAGUGGGGGAGCUGAUGCACAUGUGGUUUCCAACAGGAAUGAGGUAUGGCGGCAAACUAGCCGAGAUCAUCCCCGGUGGAUACGCCACUGUUGGAGCGGCAGCAUUCAGCGGGUCGGUGACCCACACAAUUUCAGUAUCAGUGAUAGUUUUCGAAAUGACCGGACAAAUUACUCAUAUAAUACCCAUAAUGAUAGCCGUCUUGAUCUCAAACGCCAUUGCUAGCCUCCUCGCACCCAGCAUAUACGAUAGCAUCAUUUUGAUCAAGAAGCUGCCUUACCUUCCUGAUCUUCUACCUGGCAGCACUGGCAUGUACGAUAGCUACGUCGAAGACUUCAUGGUGCGCGAUGUGAAGUACAUAUUUCACAGUAUGUCUUACGAGCAGUUGAAAUCGGUCUUGAAAGAGAACAGGAGAUUGCAGAGCUUUCCUCUGGUGGACAAUCCCGAAAGCAUGAUCUUGCUCGGCUCUAUCCAAAGGAUACAGCUGAUCCAGCUAAUCGAGAAACAGAUAGGCAAGGAGAGGAGGUUACAGGUGGCCGCGAUCAGGAUGAGGGAGGCAGAGGAGAAAGCGAGGGAGGAAGCCUUGAGGAGGGCGGAGGAGAGGAGGAGAAGACCUUCUCGAUUCCAAGUGGUUCCGGCACCAGACGUGCUGGGAAUGAGACAAAUGUCAGAGAAUCAGCUCGACAUGGAUAGGCCACAUUACUCUCCGACAGGUGGCCAACCGAAAAAAUCCAUCCUUAAAAAGACUAAUUCUUUCACUUUGAAAGGCUUCAGUCCGUUUCUCUCUACUAGUCCAGGAUCAACACCCUAUACAACUAUAACAGGAGCAGAGAGUCGAAUAAGAUUAGCGUUCGAAGCGAUUUUCAGAAAAUCUGCUCAACUACAAGACGUAGACCGGGGUAGUAGCAGUCAAAUUUUAAGCAGCUCGCCAUCUGUAGAUCCACAGAUAAUACCCACUUCCCCGAUAACCUCGAAGAAGGUGCAACUUCCUAGAGAAAGGGUCUGCGACAUGUCUCCCGAAGAACAGCAAGCGUGGGAGCACGAACAGAUGCAGAUGCCAGUAGACUUCACCAUUUGCCACGUAGAUCCCGCUCCAUUCCAACUGGUAGAACGCACUUCCCUGCUCAAGGUUCACUCUAUUUUCUCCAUGGUUGGCGUCAACCACGCCUAUGUUACUGCCAUAGGUAAAUUGGUAGGGGUGGUAGGCCUGAAGGAAUUGAGGAAAGCUAUCGAGGAUAUAAACUGCGGCAACCUGCCCACCCACCUCGAUGCCAAUUCUUUGGGUACCAAUAGCGAUUUGAAAGAGACUCCUCCGAACGAAGCUGACGUCGAGGCGUCAGCGGCUUUGAUGUCGGAGAAAGACUGAACUAUUUGGAAAAAUCGACGCUAAUUUUGCGUGUGGUUCUUCCUAUGAUAUUUCUGUGAUUACAACGAGGUUGAUUUGUAUGCAGGUCAGGUUUGAAAAGAGCGAAUCAGUAUAGAUAUCUAAAUGUCUUAAAGACGUCUAGGGUUAUACAUGACUAAAUAAGGGGGAUUUGCCACUUUAAAUUGUAUUAAAACAUGAUUGAACAUACCCAAAUUUUGGAGAUUGAAUAAUUUAAAGUUAGAUUACACUUAUUUGGUCUACUUUUGACGAUCAAAUAAUAUUAGUUAUAAUAAAAGCACAAGUAUUAUUCAUUUGGGAGUAUUCCAGUCGAAGAUACGUAAGUUCAAUCAAGAUUUUCCAAAAAUCUUGGUACCAAUUCCUAAUUACAUGUCCAAUGGUAGAUAUGAUAGUAUUCAGAAAUAAAAUGAAAAAACAAUAAUCAUUGAUUAUAACAGACAAGGAGCAUUACCUUUAUGCAGUCAGAAAAGAUCUCCAUAUUAUACUCCCUAGCUGCCCCUGCUUAUAUUCCUACUGAAAUUGUUUAUUACACUAGAUGAGCUCAUUUUGUUUCUCGGUUGAUUCAAUCUACUUAAAAAUCCCUCGAUAUCGAUGUUUGAGUUUUAUGUAACGAUUGAAUUGUUCCGAUUCUUAAAUCUGACUGAAACAACUCGAAGUAUUGUUUAUGAACUGAAAUAGAAAAGAAAAAUUGAUAAUUUUUCGGAUAUCGAUAUCGAUUUAGUGUUAGUUAAAUCAUUAUAGGUACCUACUCUUCUGUUAAUAUUAGUGUAAUUUAAUCAAUUAACAAUGUUCAAAGAAUCUGGUAGGCAAGUCAUAGUUGCAAUUGAUGUAUAUAAUUGUUAUUAUAUUUUAAAUUUAUUUAUACUGAUGUAAAUUUUUGUUGUUUUAAACGACGAUCUUAAUGUUCAGAUAUUACAAUUAAUAUCGUACGAUAUACGAUUGUUCCAUAAUAUUGCUCAUUAUGAUAUUGAAUGUAUAUUUUGUACGGUAAUGAUUUUAUUUAAAUAGCUAGGUUAUUUUAAUUUUUUAUUUUAUUGAUAAUAUUGAAUUUUAAAACAAAGCAAUAUGAUUUUAUAUUCCGAAAGUAUGAAUUAUUCUAUUGAUAUUGUCUAAUGAAUCAAUUUGUUCAAUUUUGAGAAAUUAUUUCAAUUACAUGUUGAAAGCA